AUGGGGUGUACACCUUCCAACAGCCACAUUGUUAAUAGCGUCGCUAAGAGUGGCUUCCAGUUUUUCAAGAAGCCCAAAGCAAUUUUGCCAGAACACCAGGGGGGCAGUGACAGAAGCUCCAAUCCUUUGCUGAUUCAGAACUCCACAUGCUAUGACACUGGAGGGACCUUAGCCCAGAGAGAGAGGCUGGCAGAGGGGCAGCCAAAUUUCAGGUGGCCCCAAAUCACAGCUGAAGAGCAGCUCACGGGAGAUCCCACUGCCGGCAGCAGGAAAGACAUGGAAGGACCGGCCCCAGGCACCACAACCUCCCCACCCCAGGUGAACCAGUCACAGAGGCACAGGGCUAAGGGUGUCCUAUUCAAGGCGCAGAGCUCCCGUGGGUCACAAGGGACAGCCUUUUCCGGGGAGGAAAGUGAAGACAGUAAUACCCAGGAGACCUCCAAAGGGGAAAGGAAGCCAAGACGCCACAGUUCGGGCCGACAGGGCCACUGCUGCCCAACCAACCACCCCACUCAGGCGUCUGAAGGCCAGAUGGACUUCCCUGAGCCCCUGGUGAAGGCCCACCGGCACGCGUACACCUAUCUGCACUCCAGCCUCUCCAAGUAUGAAGCGAUUCUGUGUCUCACUCAUCAGGCCACGCGGACCCAGGAGCUACUACAGCCCAUGGUCAGCUUCCUGCUGCUGUGCUUUGAUGAGGUCCACCAGCUCUUGGGGGAGAUCGCCAGGGAUGGAGAAGUGCUCCUCCAGGAAGUUGGGGGGGAUCUGGCUUGGCCCUUGAGGAAUGGAAAGCCCCAGGAGCAGCCAGAUCUCCUGCAGCAGCUUCUGCAGUACACAGCGAACAAGCUGCAGGCGCUCAGUGGCACAGUAGCCUCCCUGACCGGCAGCCUCCUGGAGGGCUCCAGCAGCUACCUCCACUCCAUGGCGAGUUGCUUGGCAAAUAAGCUGAGCACCCAGAGGGGUGCGGAUGAACGCCUCCUGAGAACUCUGGAGCUACUGGAGAGCUUGGCAAGCGGCCCAGAUGACCCUGGGGUGCAGGGUCUACCUUUAUGCUCUGACGACAGUGGCAUUGGCGCUGACAGUGAGUCUGGGCAGCCGGUAGACAAGCUGGGCAAGCAAGCGAGCUGGGACUUAGUGUCGGAGCCUGCAGAAUGGAAGCCAAGGACUUCACCCACCAUGGAAGCCAGGCUUUCGGGACAUGUCCAGAGGCCACUCUGGGUGGGUUCAGACAGACCUCUGGACUGUCCAUUCUCAAGGCUUCUUUCGGCAAAGAGUCAGCUGGCAGCACAGGGUGCAGCAGAGAGCUCAUGGCCCUCUAGCACAGUUCCAGAAAAUACUACCUCCAGGCCUUUGACUCUGAGCGAUAAUGCUCUGUAUCGUUCCCUUGCGCUGGGGAUCUCUGUGGAGCCACAUCUUACUAAAAGCUCCCGGUUGAUGGACACACCAUUGCUCAGCAGGGAGGACAGCAGCCCAGAGGAAGAGGAAAACAGAGCUAAUGGCACAAAUCCAUGUGCAGGACAGGAAGUUGCUUCCGGUCCAAGGCCAAGAUCAUCACCAGCUGGUGCAGAAACUAUAUUUCAGCCUUACCUCCAGAGACUGAAGAGGCCCCAGGCCCAGGAAAUGAUUCUAAAGAUGAAGGAAGCCAUCAGUGAAAGGAUUAAGUUUGUUCCUGUGCCCGCUGGGCACCAGGACUGGAAUGAGGAGGAGAAGACAGCACUGCGCCCACCAAGGCCGCGCACGGUGAGUGGCAGCAGGAGGGUCCCCCCCAGGCAGAGGAGGUCCCAGUCAGAGACCUGUCUUGAGAACCAAGUGAAGGACCCCACCCUCCAAGAGCUGCGGAGGGCCCACCGGGACCUCAGCCUGAGGCUGGACGUGUUCUACAGGCUGGGCACUGGACAGCAGGGGCAGAGCAAGGUGCAGGCCCCUCAGGCCAGGGCAGCAGCUCUGAGGCUGGGCGGCUGCAGGCUUGCCCUGAGCAACACCAUCCGCAAGCUGAAGGCAUCCCUCGCCGAGAACUUCAGCGUUUUGCCAAGUCAGGACAAGACCAUUUUGCAAAAAUGCGGUCCCCACACUGAGGGUGACCGGCCCUGGCAGGGCACAGCGGAGGGGCUUCCCUGGGCUACCCCAGCAGUUGAAAAGGCCAUUGAGGCUUCUGGGGCCAAGGACAGGAACAUGGCGGGCCCUCCCACCAGAACAUCCGUCAAGAAACUCAUCGAAACUUUCAGUUCCUCAGAGAACCUGAGGACACUGGGGGAUUCCCAGGACUCCAGGACAAGCCCCAGCCUCAGGAAGUGGGGUGUCCCCAUUCUACCCUCCCGAUUUCCUGGCCUUGCUCCUUCGCAUUCAAAGCCCCAAAUUUCUCCAGCAGGAAGAGGAUUUCCCAAAGUGGGCCCAAAUGGGAGGCCCUUCGCCCCUAUCUUUCCUCCUCUGCCCACAGCAAGAGCACCCAGGAGCGGGGACGUCAACACAGACCGGGAGGAAGACCCAGAGCUUCUCCCUCCACCACCGCUGGAAAUUCUGAUGGACAAAUCUUUCACUUCUCUGGAGCCCCCAGAAACCAGUGAGCCAGCAAGGAGCUCCCCUGAAGAGCCCUUCGUGCCAGGGCAGGGAGGGGCUGGCCCUGCACACAGGAUGUGGGCUUCCCCAAAGCUAAGAGCCUCCCUGCGCCCCAUGGACCUGCUGCCCAGCCGGAGCAGUGCUGCGCGUGCCAAGCCCACCAGCUGCACAGGGCCAGGGAGCAACAGCAGCAUCUACAGUGCCCGAAAGCUGGCCUCGAGCCUCAGCCACCUGCCAGCAACCAGCAAAAACCCAGAGGGGGAGAGUGACGGGGCUCAGAGGCAGGCACGAGCGGACAAGGUGGCAGGCCUGUCCAAGUGUCCCCAGAAGGCCAUCCCGGGGCAUCACGCCAGCCACACAUCUGCACACAACAGGACUUCAGAAUCCAGCCUGGCCGGACCAAUGCGAGGCCUGUGUGAUCCCGAGGCCAUGAGGCAGAGCCCGGAGAGAAACCCUGCUGUGGCCAGGAAGGCCUCUCCUGCCAGGACACACUGGGCCCCCCGGAUGGACAGGAUGCACCCGAGCCUGGCCUCCCCUCCCAGACCUGCCCAGCCAAGUACCUCCUCUGUGCACGCCUCCCCCAGCCCACCAAUCAGCCCCCCCGUGAGCCCCAGGGUGCUAAGCCCCCCAACAGUGAAAAAACAAGGUUCUCCCAGCCCUCCCCUAAAGAGCCCACCCACCCAGCACCAGGUCUCCAGCCCCCCUACCCAGCGCUCAGAAGCAAAACCCCCUUCCUUUGGGCCACCCCCAUCCCCUCCCGGGUCCCCUCCUCUUGGGUGCAAGGAGAUAAACUCUGCAGUCACUGUGGCAGCCACGGCCAAAGCAUCUGGGAACACACGCUCCAUAUUCUGCCCGGCCACCUCCUCUCUGUUUGAAGCUAAAGCACCGCAGUCCGCAGCCCGCCAGCUCACGCCACCGUCACUGCCCCCGGAGGCCGGGAGCCCUCGUGGAAGCCCCCCGGGAUGCAGGAGAAGCAGCUCAAGGCCACACCUGAAGGGCUCCCCGAGGGGAGGGGCUCUGUGUGCCCUCAGUCCUCAGCCUUUCUCCAGAAGGACAGCUUCCACCCACCGGCCAGGCCUCUGCCCUCCACUGCCUGUCUCGGGCACCACCAGCUGCGCCUGGGAAUCCCAGCCAGGCCACAGCAGCAGCAGUGAGGACGGGGAGCCGCGGAGCAGUCCUUGUGCCUCAGAACUGAAGGGCGGCAGGGGUGCACCACCCCCAGAGUUCUGCGUGCUUGGCCAUGGGCUGCACCGGGAGGUCAGCACCAACCCUGCCCUGGACAAGCCCCAGCCAGAAGCACAGCCCCAGCAGAAGAAAGUGGCCUGA